AACAAUCUGACAUCUGACAUCUGACAUCCCAGUUCAACCAUUAGAGCGAAGUCUUAAAACAACCAACCUCAAUAGAUCGCAAAAGUAAACAAUGGCUUCUUCUCGCUUCACUGUCUUUACGCUAGCCGUCUUUUCCAUCUUCUCCCUCUCACAGGUUGGAGCUGCAAACAAGCUCAAAUUAUCGCCAUUUGAGUCGGCACUGGACACGCUGCAGAAUCAGAUCGGCUAUGCCUUCAAGAACAUUGGUUAUCUUCGCCGAGCGAUGACACACUCAUCAUUCUCCGAGGAAAACAAUAAGGCGUUGAGCAUUCUGGGAUCAAAUGUGAUUGACACAUCUGUCUCUAUGUAUUACCUUGGAAAGGACGCUGAGAUCUCCUCGAAAGACCUUAACCGCCGGAUAGCAGAUAACUCUAAAGUGGACACUUCAUGUGCUGUCGAUGGGAUGAGAUUGGGGUUGCACAAGGUGGUUAGAGUUUCUCCCAAAACUAAUUCGACGACUCCCUUAGUGGUUUGCAGUGCUUUCAGGGCGUUAUUUGGGGCUAUUGCUAUUGAUACUAAGAAGGCUGAUGAUGCUGGCAUUGUGUUUUGGAAGGUUCACGGUCGUGAGGUUGGAAAACCUAUGGUUAUGUAAGUGAGCUUUCUCUUAUGAUUGUUCAUAGAAAAUGUAUGCGAAGUGGUGUUUGCCUCGGUAGGGGACUUUACAUUAGGUUGACUGUUAAUAACUUAACAUGGUUAUGUAACUAAUAUUUGGUUCCCCUGACUCUGAAUUUGGUUGAAAUAUGUAUGUUUAUGUCGGAGAAGUAAUAUUUUUGUACACAGAA